AUUAACAUGAGGCUUAGACAAUUUUGAUUCAUCGACCUGUCUUCAUACUACACAUGCACAUGGAAACGACGCGUGCUUAAUGGGAGCAGAGAGUUCAUUGAAGCAAGAAAACUGGAUCAAUUCAUCUUCGAGGCCGAUUGUCAAUCAAUUGCCAUAACAAAUUUUCUAAGUGAGAACGGCUCAAUUCGCGAUCAUUAUAUGCAUGGAUCGCAUUCCCUUUACUUAUGGAGCGUAUGUCUACGCGACAUCAAACUCAAUCACCUCUACCACAUCACAGUUUGAAGAUAUCAAAAGUUAUCAAUCUGCACCUCCACUGCGACAUCUACCUAUCUUAAACCAACACUAUCCAACUAGUAACCAUAAUAAUUCAGUGGUAAACACAACAUUGAUUCAUAGACCUGUUCAGAACUUUUAUCGUGCCCAUGAUCCCUUAGUUAACAAGCCAGCGGUCCCAAAUCUUGAUGGCAAUAAUCUAUAUGAUAUUGAAAGUCCUACUCCAACUCCUCCAACAUUUUUGGAUUUGCUUUCGGCCGACAAGACCCUCAACAAAACUAAAGGAAUUGAAAGAGUCAACAAUGAAAAGAAGCGAUGGAAUACUUCCGAUUUUCGCUGGAUGUUCACAAAGCGAAAUGGGUCAAUCAGUGGAAAUUUAAAUUCCAAACUAGCCACAAAUAAAAGCAAACCGAUAUUAGAAGUAAAAGAAGAAGCUGUCAAUCAAAAACGAAGGUUCACCUUUACGCAAAAACAACUGGUGGAACUGGAAAAGGAAUUUCAUUUCAACAGAUACUUGACAAGAGUUCGAAGACUGGAGAUCUCUAAAGAGCUUAAACUGACCGAAAACCAGAUCAAAAUAUGGUUUCAAAAUCGAAGGAUGAAAUGGAAACGAGGUAUGAAAGAAAGUGCUCAAAAUUCGAAAACGGAAAAAUGUAAUAAAGUUGGUGAUGCCUACAAGCCUUUGGAGUGGAAACGUCAUGGAAACGACAGUAUAACAAUAUUUUCACAGCAUUCAAACAUUAAAACCAAUAUGAUGCCUUUUUUUCCAAACUGAAAUGCAAAUGCAGUUUCUGAUGAUCGAUUAAUUUAAUGAAGUGGAUCAAAGAAAUUUCAAAUUUAGAUCGUUUUCUUAUAAUAAUAUCAUGUAGUUUAUUAUAAAUACAAUGUUGUGCUCUUGGAUUCGAAUUCAAACAAGAACAAACCGAUAUGAAGUCGUCACGACAGAGAUAUAAUAAAGAAUGUGUCUUAAAACUUAAAAAGACAUGCAUAUUUAUAGAAUAGCUGUAUGUUCACCAAAAAUGAAAACCUAAAGAAAGUCAAAAUAACAAUUAUACAAAUUACAACAUA